GCGGUCGUACCGCGGUUCCGUCGAGGCCCGACGCGUUUCACCAAUCGCAAUCUCCUCCACCGAUCGAAAUAUCGAAGAUAUACGCGGCCACUUAUCGGCCCGUAAACUCGACGAGCAACAACGUAUACUUCGGGAAACGUUAAUUGGAGGAUACACACUUGAACGUGGGAAAAUCACCUUACGUGACUUAUCUUGUGCGAUGCAACGCCGGAAUCACGCGUAGCUCGAGUGCAAUCGAGAACCGGUCCCGUUAAUAAGACGCAAAUCUCGAGACGCGAUUUUCUUCUAGAGCGAAACAUCGUUCGUGAUGUUGUGAGCAGUGUCGGUUAAAUGUCGGAAAACGAGUAUGCUAAAUCGUAGAGUAAGCCCGUCGGUGAGUGCACAAUGGAGGUAUCCGCGGCCAAUCUGACUUAUCGAAGCGCGACGGAGAAAGAUGAUUCUUUGACGCUAAGAUGAUUUCAGAAAGGAAAUUCAUGUCGCAACUUACACGCGUACAAUUCUGGGAUCGCUCGUUUGACGCUCUAAUUAAUUGAAGAUAUUUGAAAACCAGAGUAAUUCAAAGUGUUCAUUGAGAAUGAACGAUGAUUCUUACGGGAUAGUUGGUGAUUAUAAGACUCGUUGGCAAAUCUCCGGAGUAUUUUAAUACCGUAUUACAAUAUGUACGUGCAAUACUCUUGGUGAAUCACGCAGUGACAUAUCUUCUACGAGUGUUAAGGACACAUUGAUGAUUUCGUGGCCACGUGCAUCAGUGAUCGAGUGUUACGUGUUUCAUUGAUUCUUCUUGUACGCGUAUAAACGUUGGUGCUCCGUCACGUAGCACGCGUAGAUUAAGUAGUUACUUGCGCGGAGAAAUCGAGCGCACUCACGUAAGGCGUUUUACGUCUCUAUCGUCGGACUUGGCCGGACCACCUUGCAGGUACCCCGAGGAAGCGCAUUAUCGCAUGUGACGGUUCAAUUACAGCAAUUCAGUGACAUACCAGAAAUCCCAGCGUGUCGUAAACGUUUGUCGUGCCGUUCCGGAUGUACGGAGAAAGAUGACGCAUCUCGCAUUAUCUCUGCGGAGGCUGUCACUAGCUCUAACACUGAUAGCGACAUGCGCGACUAUAACGGAAUCGUCAAUGAUCAGAGAAAGGAGGUACAUCGGUAUCGAAGAAUCUAGUCAUCGAUCGGGCAAGGAACAAUCGUCCGACAAUCGGGGCACGAGAUUGCCGAGCAGCAGCACGACGGCCAACAAGAUCACCGCGGAACCCGGAAGAAAAGUGUCCCACCAUCUGAUCGGGGGUCACCUGAGAGUAUUCGAUACGAAGCACCAUGACGACGGCGAGUCGCUAUGGGACGACGGAAUACUCAUGUCGGCGGCCGGCAACGGCAAGGAGGGGAAAAGUAAUCGCGGUAGCGGCGACAGUGGUAGCAGCGACGACGAGGACGGGAAAAAAACACUCUCCCAGCAGGUCAAGGAGGGCAAGUACGGCCUCAUACAGAACGAGAUUUACGGCAAUCGUCCGAAACGGCCCGGCAUUAUCAGCUACCUCGGCAAUCCCGAAGUGCCGAAGGACACGAUCGACAACCUGGGCGGCCUCGACGAGGACGAAAUCUGGCUGGCCGAGAACCACGUGCUGGUGCUGAGGGGCGGGAAAUUUCCUGAGCAUGAACAGGACGGCCAGCAGCCGAGCAGUGAGCAGCCGAAAUGGCCGCCCAUCGAUAAUUACAAGGCGCCCAAACGGCAGGUCAAGAUACCAGCGCGGCCGAAGGUACCGCCGCCCUUUCCGGUACAACUGACGGAGGGAGGACCGGUACAGAUCAUCGGUCCGAACGGUACCGCGGAGGAGAUUGGCAACGACACCCUCGACUACAACACGAAUCCUUUCUACGCGAAGGGGUUACCGGGGGACAAUCCGUUCUUCACUAUCUCUCCGAACGGCACGAUAUUCGCUCCAGAUCUCGGUCCCGCGGGAAACUUCUCCGUCGAGGAGAAAUCGUCCAGGGGUAACAAUGAUCAGAAGGGAAUAAAACCGGAAUUCCCUCAGCCGCCUGGGUCACUUCCGCCUUUCUAUCACGCCAUACCGCCCGGCGCGAUCUUUGUACCACCGCCGGGAAAUCAGUCGGAUUACGACGAGGAGGAUCAGUCCAUCUACUAUCCGCCACCGUACAGUUUCCAUUAUCCGCAAGAUAAUACGACGGCUGUGCCGCCGGGCCCCCUGGUGCCCGGCAUCAUCCUGCCCCCGCCGCCGGACUUCUUUUCUGCUUUGGACGAUAAGAAAACCACCACAAAGAAGUACACGAAGCGACCGACGACCACAUCCUCACCGGGGACACGACCGACGUAUCUGCCACCGAGAAAACUCACGACUAAACAGAACAAGGCCUCGUCCGUUCCGCCGAGUUUGGUAACCAAGACGAGCACCACAUCAUCGACCUCCACGAAAAUAUCCUUCGGUCGUACGACUGCGAAAAACGCGACGAACACCUUUAAACUUAAGCAGAAGACCAUACCUGGCGCGGAAGUCACGACGUCUGGGAAACCGCACACUCUCGAAAAUACCGAGAUAUACACCAUCAGCCCCGUAAUCGGGAAUCAGGUGUCCGAGGCGACAACCCAGCAGAAGGACUGGUCCACUCUGGUGACGAGCAAAACGGUCCCGGUUCUCGCGUACUAUCCGUCGACCACGCAGUCGUCGCUGGAACGACCGGUGGAAGUCACGCCGGUCUCUAUAAAGAGCAUCAUCACCACUAGUCAACCCGGUCGAUCUCCCAAUCAUGCGUCCUACUACUUCUACGAGGAGUCGACCGACGAGAAUUCGGACGUCACGGCGAAACCGUCGCCCGUUUACUACGAGAGUACGACGAAGUCGCCAUAUUAUGACGUCGAGACGUCGCGACCCCGACAGACUGAGCAGAAGAAGCACUAUUACUCCGUCGAGACGAUCCCGCCGGUCGAGACCUCGAAGGACUAUAAAGUGAAGCUCAUCGAUAGCAUCGUCAAGAAUUCUCAGACGUUCCAAUACACCGACGACUCGGAGACUACAUCCACGAAAUUCGACGCCAGCUCGUCUCGGGAUCAGGGCCAGCGUAUGUUAGCCGACGAACCCGUUUACUAUCAACCUGUUCCCGCGCGUCCGCUGCAGACGUACUACACGACUCCGAAGCCUCAAACGUAUUAUCGACAGACGACGAAGCCUAAGCCGAUCUAUCAGUACAGCUUCCAGGUAGCGGAUUACUCGAAACUCGGUAGCAAUCUGAGAUCGCCGUAUCACGGGGAGCAACAGCAGCAGCAGCAGCAACAGGACGCGUCAAUAUACAGCGAGUAUCAGGACGUCAAGAUCGGCAAUCAGCAAUACGACUACGAAGACAUCGAUUCCCCGUCGCUGCAUCAGUCGCCGCGGAAACAAGUAUCGUAUAAGACGCAACAUCCGGCUUAUUCCACGAGCACCGCCUAUCCGAUCGUACAUACGACACCUAAUCCGCAAUACGCGUAUUUCACGCAGCAGGACGAGAAGCUGUUGGACGACGUUACGAAAGAGUACUUCACGAUCUUCGGCAAGAAACUACCGGACGCGGGAAUAUCGAGCACGACUCCGAUCUACGGGAAAUCGAGCAGCGUCACGGAGAAGCCUGAUCACAGCGUGAACACCUACGUGUCGAACGUUUACAAGACCGGUCGACCGGUGACUUACAAAACGCCCAACGUCAAAGUGCGCUACGGGGAUCAGUCGCCGCGACCUUAUUCUCUCCAGGACGACACUCUCGUCAACUACCGGCGACCCUUGCCGCCGAUCAAUCCGGACAGCGAGUUCAUCGAGAUCAUCGAGCCUAAGCAUCGGCCGAAGCAGUCGUCGCCGUUACCGAACUACGAGCUGCAGACGGGUAACUAUCGAUUGCGAAAUCAGGGAGUUCAACAGCAGGGGCCGACCCCUCGUUACAGGUUGCGAGGCACGAUACAACCGGCCAACAGACACACCAACAAUUUCGUACCUUUCUCCGAAUCCCGAGAGGAGCUGGAGAGCGUUCGGCAACCCGUGUCGCUGUUGGACGACAUAGAGGUCAACUACAGAAAUCCCCGUCCCCCCGUAAAUCCCGACGCCGAAUUCAUCGAUCCCGUCGCGGUGCAGAACAAUCAUCCGGACAAUCCAAACGCGUACUUCGCGUACCGACUGCCCGGCGACGUCGGCCACUUUUACUUCCUGACGCCGCAGGCGAUCACGCAACGGCAGGACCAGAACGAGGGAUACGUUUAUCCAAAACCCAGAGGACCGAGAUUACGGAGACGGCCAGGGUAACAUCUGAACGCGCGUAUUCAACGGCAGUCGCGUGCAAUGCCAUAAUCUCGCGGAUAUCCAGCGCGCGAAGUGAUCGCGUGUCGCCUGCGUGCGUGUCAGCCGCACACACACAUACACACACGCAUACGCGUAUUAUUAAUAUAUUUAUUGUAUUUGUAAAUACGAAUUGCCUAAGUUAGAUAAUUAUAGCUAUGUUGUUUUACGAUAAACGCUUAAAUUAUUAUGCAACCUGACUCCCUCCCACCUUAGAAUAAUAGACAUCAUGUGAUCGUAUUCGUGUUUGCGAUCUGUAAUAUGCGCCUCGUCAUCGCAUAUUUGCGCAUUAUCUGUGAUUAAUGGAAAUAGCCGUGUACAUAUACAUAAUUACUAUUGUCUAUUUAAUGUACGCGCUUUGGCAGAUAAAGGUUCUAUUGCGAAUCUUUUUCACAAGUUUUUCUCUAUGCGCAGAAUGUGAAGUUGAAUAAAACAGAAAAAAAUAUGUAAAAAAAUAUAAAAUAACAAUUGACACAAAUCUCUAUCUACUACCAUCUGAAUUUCAGAUCACAUUAUGCAUUUAAUUGUAAUAUAAUCAAUUUAAUUAGAAGAAUUUUAUAUAUACACAUUUCUAUAAAUAAAUCUUAAUGUUUGAACUAAUGUUUGAACAACCAGCAAUUUGCAAUAUAAAUAGUUUCACAAUCUGUAUUAAAAUUAAGGUUUGUAACACAGUGCAUGACAUGUUAAUUUGAUUCGUAUCCAAAAUUUUAUAAAAAUAUACUAUGCAUGACUGUUCAGAAA